AGGAAAUUUUGAUAAACGUUUGGGUUCAACGACUCUUAGAACUUCAGUUGAGGAAAGAAAAUCUCCAUUUUCUGUCGGUGACUCUUCUUCAUCAACAUCAGAAAAAAUCACGGACAAAAUAGAAUCGGAGGAGCGGUCAAAUAGUCCCAUCAGUUCUACAGAUUUGACGGUUAAAUUUAAGUGUUCAAAAAUUGAAGACGCAUCUCCAGUGAAGCCUCCAAGUGGUCGUCGAUUUGUAUCAUCAAUUCUUGGUGGUGAAGUACCUUACGAUGGGAAAAAUAGUUUGACUUGCAAUAAAAUUAUUCCACGUCCAGUUUUAACUUUGGGGCAGCGUAAAGAAUAUCCACCACCGCCAAUAAAUCCACGAAAUAUUUUCAUUGAAAAGCGGACUUCAUCAAACAUAUUAAGAGAAGGAAAGACUAAACCACCACAAAGACCUAUAAUUGUUGAAGAGAAACCUGUUAUUCCAUUAGAUUUAGAGAGACCAUUAAGAGUAAAGAGCUUAAGUCCUUCAGCUCCACCACCAGCUGAUAAGAGACCAAGUCCACCUCCACCUCCGGAGCCAGCAGUACGUUGUUCGGUAAUUCAGAGAACACCAAAGUCAAUCCUGGCUCCAGGAGUUUUGGGAAAAGGGAAAGAAGAUAAUCAUUUAACACUGCCGUUAAGUGCAUCUCAUUUACUAGGACCAGAACAGGAUCAACCAAUUAAUUACGCAGUUCCAAAACGCAAACAACCAAGCCCUCCGCCAAGUCAAUCAAAACCAACAUCAUCAGACACACAAAAAAUAUCAAGUGAAGACGAAUUAGCUGAACGUGCAAGAAAACAUCAUAUUGCAAGACGUCGAAUUUUAGCAGCUUUAAAAGCACAAUAUUUCCAUCGUUUACGUCAAUUACCAAGUUACAACAAAACUAAUGGUAUAAUGUCAGCCGCUGCUGGACAUGGUAGAAGUUCAACAAAUAGUGCAAAUGGGUCACAGUCUGGAUCGCAAUCCAAUAGUGGAUCUGGUGGCAAUUGCGGUCAGGGUAUAAAUUUCAAUGGGCAAUUAGGUGGUGGUGCUACAGGGGGUUCAGGUGGUGGUUUAAGUGGAAGUGGAGCUGGAGGCGGCGGAAUGGGUGGUGGACGAGAUGGACGUUCGAAUUAUGGUCCAAAUAGUCCCCCAACAGGGUCAUUACCUCCAUUUUACGAGAGCUUAAAGUCUGGUAAUGGUAGUUCUUUAGGACAAUUUAAUGCAGCAAGUAGUAAUUUUUUGAUAGCUUCAAUGGCGAACGGUGGUGCAAAUUCUUAUUUAUCAAUGACAAAUCCGAAUGGUCAGUCUGAUUGCGGUGACACGAAUGGUGAGUCGAAUGGCGGUAUAAAUAAUUUUACAAAUAAUGAAAACUCGAAAUUUCCGCUAAUGAGUAACAAUUCGGCAUAUGGAAUUGUAGUUAAAGAUGAGUUAGACUUAGAUUACGAGGGAAAAUUAGAUAUGUCAAGUCUGAGCGCAAACCUCUUGUCGAGCGCUUAUAACAAUUAUGAUAUGUGCAACGACUCAAUAAUGGCCGAUUUAGCAGCUAAUGGUGUUGAUCCCUUACAGUUUACUGCAACUUUAACAUUUUCGGGUGCUUCAGAAAACGCUCUUUUAGAAAGUUUAUCGGAUCCAGUAGAUUUAAGUUCAUUUUUAAACAGGUUACCAAGUGAUGGUAGUACUCCUUCACCUGGAAAUCAUGACUUAGAUUUGACGUCAACUCCUUCUCUUACGCCUGAUUCUGUUUCCAUUACACCUGUAGAUACAUCUAGCGGCUAUGAAAAUUUUUCAGAGAACUUGAUACAGCAGUUACAAAACAGUAAUCGUCAUUGUUAUGAACAACCGAAUCAUAAUCAUUUGCGAUAUAAUUUACCUAAUGGUAACAAUAAUAAAAUGUAUCAAGAGUCACCACCCCCUCCAGGAUAUCAGCAAAAUCGAGAAAUGAUGCAAUUACAUCAACUACAACACCAACAUCAACAACCGCAACAUCAAACUGGUCAUGGCCCUUCCAGCAACAGUAACAGUAACAGCAAUAAUAAUAAUAAUAAUAAUAAUGGCAAUAAUAACCAUAAUUUCUCGCAACAUAAUACAAUGUUGCAUGGUGGUAAUAACCAUCAUCAUUCAAACCAAAAUCAUAGUAAUAGUAAUGGACAUUCUCACAAUCAUCACUCGUCGCAUACACCCGCACCACCUCAUCCUUUAAUGUUAAAUACAGCAAUGAUGACUGUUGCUCAAUUUCAUAGCAAUUUAAAUUGUAGUGAUAAUAGCAACUUAUCAUUACCGUCACCAGGCGGUAGCAGUAGCAGUCACCUACAUAAUCAAUUAGAUAUUCCUCCAGAAGCUAAGCCAAUUAUACAAAGUGUAAGUUAUAUUUCUAAUAGUUCUUCAGAUUCAGUUACUUCUUUCUCUUGUCCGACUAGCUAUAAGACAAUUAUACUAACAGAUAAUGGUAUAAUCCAAAAUAAUGGUUUAAAUAAUUUUACAAACGCACAAAUUUUAAUCAAUAAUGGUUUUGAAAUACAAAAUGAUAUAAGUAAUAAUACCAAUAUUUUAAAUCCUUGCUCAAUUAAUAACGACGGCUUUAUCGAUAUUGUCGAUGAAUUCGAUUUAAAAAUUAUGCAAAAUUGCCCAAAUAUACAUACUAGCAAUAAGAAAACUAAACAGUCAUUGAACAAAAAUCGAACUAAAAAUCGUUCAAUAAUAUCAACACUUACUCCAAUGUUACAAGACACAAAAUUGCAAAUGCUGAAACAAAGGCUGGGGCUUGCGCCAGAAGUGCAAUUAGAAUUUGUUAAUGGUGGUCAUGGCAUUAAAAAUCCGUUGGCAAUCGAAAAUAUUCACGGCCAUAGAUUACGUGAUGAUGAUAAAAAAAGUGUAAUUGCUUGCGAAGAUGAUCCAAAUAAGUUUGUGUGUCGUAUAUGUUCAAAAACAUUUAAUUUACAGAGACUGUUAAAUCGGCAUAUGAAAUGUCACUCAGACAUUAAACGUUAUUUAUGUACGUUUUGCGGUAAAGGAUUCAAUGAUACAUUUGAUUUAAAACGUCAUACUAGAACACAUACAGGAGUUCGACCAUAUAAGUGCAAUUUAUGUGAAAAAUCAUUUACACAACGUUGUUCAUUAGAAUCACAUUGUUUAAAAGUACAUGGGGUACAACAUCAAUAUGGAUACAAAGAAAGAAGAACAAAGAUGUAUGUAUGCGAAGAAUGUGGCCACACAACCAGUGAACCUGAAGUACAUUAUAUUCAUUUAAAAGAAUUACAUCCGUAUUCUCCAGCUUUACUGAAAUUUUACGACAAAAGACAUUUUAAAUUUACAAAUUCACAAUUCGCAAAUAAUUUAUUGGGGCAAUUACCAAUGUCUGUUCGCAAUUAAAAAUACAAAUUUUUUUUUAAUAAAUAAGUUAAAGUAUAUUAUUUUUGUUUAUUUUUAAACAUUAAUGAAAAUGUAAUA